AUGCUCCAACAGGUCUUUCUUGCCCUGACGCUGUUGGGUACAGUGAAGGGCCUAGGAAACCCCCUCGACCAGUUCCUUUAUAAGAGGCAAGCUCCACGAGAGCCACUGUUUGUGAACGAGAAAAAAGUCAAUAAGAAGGAGGAGGAGGAGGAGGAGGAGGAGGAGGAGGAGGAGGAGGAGAAGGAGAAUGAGAAUGAGGAGGAGAAGGAGAAGGAGAAGGAAAAGGAGAAGGAGAAGGAGAAGGAGAAGCUAAGCGUCCCACUCGACUAUAAACAACCUGAGAAUGGACUCCGCGCAAUAGUUCCAAUAGUCAAAUUCCCAGCGGAAAGCAAUGCCCCUUACAAAGGCUCUGUUCUCUACAAUCCAGGCGGUCCAGGCCAGCCAGGGGUAGAGUUGAUUUACCUCGACUCAAUUUUCGAAGACAUCCGCUCCGAAGUAGUUGGAACCGGCUGGGACAUCAUUACUUUUGAUCCUCGCGGCAUGGGCUACUCGAUUCCCCAUGGUAGCUGUGAUAUCACACCAGGCACAUUCGUCCCGGAGCGUCAAAAUGCAACGACCCUUCCAGCCGUGUUAACUGGCUCAAAUAUGAGACACAGGAGACGUGCCCCAACUUUUCCUCCCAAUAAUGACGAGGUGGUUUUCAAUAUGUUAAUACCAGAUGACCCACCUUCACGGAAAACUAUAGCCUAUGCAGAGGCGGAUAGCUGGACCCGUGCUUGUCAAGAGCUGGUUUCGCAAUAUAACCAAGCAGGUCCACAUAUGAACACCGUGGUUAUGGCUACCGACAUGCUAUCGAUAGCUCAAGCUCUCGCCCGUGAAAAAAAUGAAAGCAAUACAAUCCUAAACUAUUACGGACCUAGUUAUGGUAGCCUUCUCGGCCAAUAUUUCGCCACCUUGUAUCCUGAUAACGUUGGAAAGUUCUACUUGGAUGGAGUAGUAGACGCAGACACUUGGGUUACCCAAGAUAACGCAAACACUACGAUCAUCCAUGUUGAUAAGAUAUGGUCGAAGUUUUUCUCUGCAUGCUAUGAUGCAGGUCCGACAAAAUGCAGCAUGUUUACAGGUCGAAACUCCCAUGCGGUCCGCGAUAGAUUCAACGCUAUCACUGCAAAAUUGAAUGCCACAAAAUACGAACUUGAAGGUAUUCCCGAGGCUCCACAUCUCAAUAUCACGAGCCUUCUAUGGACGAUCAAAGGCUUAGCAUUCGGAAGUGGUUACGGCCCAAGCUUCAUAUGGCCGCUUUUAUCAAACUAUCUUGUUUCCUUAGAAACGCUCCUGGCUUCAAUUGGUUCUGCAAACCGAGACCCCGAAGUCUCACGAAGAGCGUUAUCCGAAUUUGAGAAAAGAGCUGAAUCAGCUGUUGAUCUAUAUACUAAGAUCUCUGAAUCAUUUUACCAAGUUGCAUGCACAGAUGCAAGAGAUCUUCGCGGGGUAGUAAUUACUGACGCGGAUUGGAAAGCGUGGAAAGCUGUCAGUAAGAUCAUAGGUCCUUAUAAACUGGCCGAUAGAGUUAGGUGUACAAAAUGGCCGAUAAGACCUUCAUGGGAAUGGUAUGGCCCUGUAGGUGGGAAGACAAGAACGCCUAUCCUAUUCGCGGGAACGACAUUGGAUCUGAUCACACCACUCAUAAAUUCUGAGAAGGCGAGGACGCUUUUCAAAGGGGCCAAGAUGCUUUAUGUCGACGAGAUAAUGCAUACGGUUUCAGGCACCAAAAACAAGUGCGCCGCCCGCCAUGUCCUCGCAUACUUCCAAAACGGAACGCUGCCUGGCCAUGAUAACAGAUGCAAAGGGGAGACAACGAUAUUCAAGUAG